GUCACUAUUCAAGAUGGCGCUGCCCGUCAGCAGGAAUGCGAGUCUGUUCCUCAGAUUCAUUCAGAAUCGGAAGUGUUCUUCUCCUAAACGACUGCUAUGCUCUGCACCAUGCAAUGAGAAUAAGGUGGAUCCUCCAGCAGGGGGCCGGGUGUUCUCUGGGAUCCAGCCCACCGGCGUGCCACACCUGGGGAACUACCUGGGGGCCCUUGAGACCUGGGUGUCCCUGCAGGACCGCUACCCCUCAGUGCUGUACAGCAUCGUGGACCUGCACUCCAUCACCCAGCCCCAGGACCCGGCCCAGCUCCGCCUCAACAUCCUGGACAUGGCCGCCUGCCUGCUGGCCUGUGGCAUCGACCCCCAGAGAUCCAUCCUGUUCCAGCAGUCCCAGGUAUCGGAGCAUGCUGAGCUGUCCUGGAUCCUCUCCUGCCUCACCACUAUGCCCCGCCUGAGACACCUCCCCCAGUGGAAGAUGAAGAGUAAACAGAAGGGGGAGGGCAGUGUGGGUCUGUUCACCUACCCUGUGCUGCAGGCUGCUGAUAUCCUGCUCUACAGGUCCACCCACGUCCCGGUGGGAGAGGACCAGGUUCAGCACCUGGAGCUGGCUCAAGACGUGGCCCGCAUCUUCAACAACCGCUACGGGGACCUGUUCCCCGAGCCACGCCCCCUACUCAGCGCCACGCGUAAGGUCAAGUCCCUCCGAGACCCCACGGCCAAGAUGUCCAAGUCGGACCCCCAUGCGAUGGCCACCAUCCACCUCAGUGACUCGCCCGACGACAUCAUGGUAAAGAUCCGCCGUGCCGUCACAGACUUCACCUCCGAGGUGACCUAUGACCCUGCCGCGCGCCCCGGGGUCUCCAACCUGGUGAGCCUGCACGCGGCGGUCGCCAUGGUGACGGUGGAGGAGGCGCUGGCCCAGGCCCGGGGUCUGGACACGGGGGCCUACAAGCUGCUCGUGGCUGACGCCGUGGUGACGCGGCUCCGCCCAAUCAGGGAGGAGAUGGAGCGGCUGCGGGCCGACAGGGGUCACCUCGAGGUGGUGCUGGCCAAGGGGUCGCAGAGGGCCCGGGAGCUUGCGGCCCCCGUCCUCAUGGAGGUCCGGCGAAGGGUGGGCUUCUCCUGAGUGCUGAAACUCAGUGCCCCAGUUGUGUUUAGCAAGGUGUAGGGGUGUGUGUCUGUCUGUGUGUGUGUGUGUGUGUGUGUGUGUGUGUGUGUGUGUGUGUGUGCUUGUGUGCGUGUGGAUAUAGCUGGGCUGUAUCGUCACUACUCACGUUUUGAUUGAUCAUCAGCUCUGAACGCUGAGACAACAAGUGGAUUUUAAACCAUAUGGGUAUUGGAAGACCCGAUGGUAAUGAUAAUACAUGUAUAAACAUCUAAAGUAUAUUUAUGUGUAUAUAGAUUUAUGUGUUUAUAUAAUGUGGUUUUGGUUUUUGUUCGGUCAAACUGGUGUUUGGUAUCUCUUUUAAAUUUUGAUUUACUGUGGCGUAAAAUAAUUAAAUCUUCAAUUAAAUUCAAA